CUGACAGAAGAGAAGCCCAAAGCUGUGUGUACGUUCUUUGUACCAGAACAACACGCAGAGAGCCAGUAUGAGACGGACGUUAACAAAGAAAUCUCCACAGUGACAGCACAAGUGCUCACGCUUAUGGAUCUACUUUUCAGAAACAAACCGGAUUUGUUUGAUCGUAUUUACUUUUAGGGAUCUUUACUUUUUGCUGUUGUUUUUGAUGUUCUCCAAAAAGUUGGUCUCCUGGGGAUAAGGUGUUGAUGUUUGCUGAUCAUUUUCCUGCAGGCAUUGAUUGUGAUUGUUAGUUGGUGAAGGGCUCCUGGCAGAUACAGUCAUGGUGCUCAUUUUGGGUCGCCAUCUGAAUCAUGAGAACUCUGCAGGCGUGCCUGAACCGCCAACGAUCAAGCGUAAAGUCUUUGAGAUGGAGUCUAAGACCCUGAGCGAGGCGUUCAACUUCUCUUCCGGAUCCUCUCACUCUGAGAGCGUCCUCCAGGUCUUCAACGAGUUCCGCGACAGCCGCCUCUUCACGGAUGUGAUCAUCAGUGUCCAGGGGCGCGAGUUCCCCUGUCACCGUGCCGUGCUGUCGGCCUGCAGCAGCUACUUCCGUGCCAUGUUCUGCAAUGACCACCGGGAGAGCCGCGAGAUGCUGGUGGAGAUCAACGGCAUCCAGGCGGACGCUAUGGACACGUUUCUGCAGUACGUUUACACCAGCCAUGCCCUCAUCACCACACAAAAUGUCCAGUUCGUCUUUGAGACCGCCAGCCUCUUUCAGAUCGCCACUCUGAGGGAUGCUUGUGCAAAAUUCCUGGAGGAGCAGCUGGACCCCUGCAACUGCCUCGGCAUCCAGCGCUUCGCAGAUGCCCACUCUCUCAAACAGCUGGCCAGUCGUUGCCGUUGUUUCGCCUUGCUGAAUUUUCCAGAGGUGGCGCAGCAUGAGGAGUUUCUAGACCUCCACAAGGACGAGCUGGAGGAAUACUUGGCCAGCGAUGAACUGUCCAUUGGCAGGGAGGAGGUGGUGUUUGAGGCGGUGAUGCAUUGGGUCUACCACAGCAUAGAGUAUCGCAGGCCCAUGCUGAAAGAUCUGCUGCAACAUGUCCGACUGCCUCUGCUGCACCCAAACUAUUUUGUACAGACGGUGGAAGGUGAUAAACUGAUCCAGAAUGCUCCAGAAUGUUACCAGCUGCUGCAUGAAGCACGUCGCUACCAUGUACUUGGAAAUGAGAUGAUGUCACCACGUACAAGACCCCGCAGGUCCACUGGCUUCUCUGAAGUCAUUGUGGUGGUGGGAGGCUGUGAGCGAGUGGGGGGGUUCAAUCUGCCGUACACAGAGUGUUACGACCCCAUGACGGGAGAGUGGACAUCUCUUGCUAAACACCCAGAAUACACCAAGUCUGAGUAUGCAGUGUGUGCCCUCCGCAACGACAUUCUUGUGUCAGGUGGACGCAUCAACAGCAGUUAUGUGUGGAUGUAUAACUCUCAGCUCAAUGUCUGGAUCAGAGUGGCCUCUCUUAAUAAGGGACGCUGGAGACACAAGAUGACCGUCCUGCUGGGGAAGGUGUAUGCAGUUGGAGGUUAUGAUGGGCAGUGUUGUCUCAGUAACGUGGAGGUGUAUGAUUCCUUCUCCAACCGCUGGACUGAGGUGGCCCCUAUGAAAGAAGCCGUUUACUCCCCGGCGGUCACCAGCUGUGCUGGAAAACUAUUCGUCAUCGGAGGAGCACCUGAUGAAAACAGCUGCUCCAAUAAGGUCCAGUGUUAUGAUCCAGAGACAGACAGCUGGCAGCUGAGGGCAUGUAUUCCCAUCACCAAACCCAAUAUUUCUGCCGUUUCUCUCAAUAACCUCAUCUACGUCUGCGGGGGCCUCACCAAGUCCAUCUACUGCUACGACCCUUCACAGGACCACUGGAUGCAUGUGGGCCACACCUUCAGCAGACAGGAGAGUUGUGGUAUAUCAAUUUGUAAUGGAAAGAUCUACAUUCUGGGUGGACGGGGUGAAAAUGGUGAUGCAUCUGACAACAUCGUGUGCUACGACCCGGCCUCCGGCAUCAUCACAAGCACGGCUGCUAUGCCUCGUCCCAUCUCCUACCACGGCUGUGUUACCAUACACCGUUUCAGCGAGAAACAACGUAAACCCUGAUAGCAUCCACUAAUGCACAUGCAAACUCCUAAACAUGGACCCUGACAGUGCAUAUACAAGUGGAUGUGCAAAUUUGAAUUUAGGACUGUUUAACUGCUACUGUUUGUUUUAUCAUCAUUCCACAGUUAUCUACAAGACAACCGCUUCCUGUCAUUAGUCGUUUCUCUGGAAGACGGAUGAAAAACAAAUCCUUCCUUAUAAUUGAAAUCAAUCAAUCAGAUAUUAUUAAAAAUAUUUAUAUUAAUGGACCCUUUUCACAUUUACGGGAAGUCUACAUAAUUGGUGACCAGGAAAAUAUAAUUUUUGUAUUACUCUUUGCUCCGAUAACAAAAUAAAAAAUCUGUGACAGUAUUUCCAGGACUUUCCGAAAGAAGGAAAAAAUAUAGAGAGACUGAUUAAAACUGUCAGAAGAUAAGAAGCCAUUGUAUUAGAAACACCCUCGAGGAAGUCUUUCGUUUUUUUUUGUAAUUUACUGCCAAGGUAAUUCAAAAAAUACACGUAUAUGAAAAACUACUAGAUUUUGAUUAUGCAUCAUCACAGUCUAUGAAAAGGGUCCAUUGAAAUAAAGCUGAAAUAAAAUAAAAUAUAAAUAUUAGUUGAACAGAAAUAAAAAUCGCUUAAACCUAAAUAGCAAUAUUUAAAAACAAAAAACGAAAAAAAAACCUAAUAAAAUGUCAAAAGCGCAUCAUGAAAUUACUCAACAUUAACAUUAAAACUAAACAUAAAAAUAAAAGCUAAUUCAAAAUAUUAAUAAAACUAAAACAACACUGAUUCAGAGAAUGUCAAAUAAUAUUCUGAUACUGUCUUUAAUUGAUAAAUUAAAUGCUCACUUCCUGUGCUCUUUUUCUUUCUUUUUGAAUUUCUUUUUUAUUUGUAAAUCUACAUUUGUUUAUACCUUUAUUUUUUUUAUUAUUAUUAUUUUUUUUUUUUGUAUUUCUGUUAUUUUUACUGUUGUUUUGUAGUAUUACUCCUAAAAUUUGACAACGAUUGAAUUCUUGACAUGGAGAAGAAGUCUGCAGACAAACUUUUUCUUAGGUUCAGUCUUGGGUUGAUUUUAAUGCGUUAUUUACGCUUUCUACAUCGUAUUAUACUUCUGAGCUUAUUAAAUAAAAGAAAGCACUUAAAUACUACAUCAGACAUGCUGUAUAAGGUUUUCAUAAGGAGGUUUUUGUGUUCUAAGCAUUUGAAAACCUAAGGCUCAGUGAUGGACAGCUCUGAUUUAGGUCUAUGAAAUGUCACGUCUGGUUAUUUUAGGUUCUUGAUGAACCGUACAGCUGUGAAUUAUUAUUUUUUCCUUCUGUGUAUCAUAUCUGUAUUUAAGCAUCUCAUCAUCUUUGUGACAACCAGGACGUGCCUUUCUGAUUUUUAUUUUUUUUUUAAUCAGAGCCCCAGUCAUGCACUUGUAUGUACUAGUGUUAGUAAUAUAUCCCAGUGUAAAUACAUUUUACUCUUUUGUUUUGUUUUUAAUGUUAUUUUUUAUUAUUAUUUUAUCUCGUGCUUGGUGAACAAUGCUCAUAGCUGUAGAUCGCAUCUGAUUCUUUUAAGUUGGACUCCCGGAAAAAUUCUUGAGUGUUGGCGUGAAUGUGCGUGUUCAAAAAGACUAACUUGGAACUGUUUUCGUGUUUAAAGGUUAGACAAUUGCAGUCUCAGCUCUAGUGCUUAUCAGUACUGAAAACAGACAUUUAUUUACUUUACAUCAGAAUCAUAGUAUCAGUUUAAUUUUCUUUUAUCUGAACGUGUCAGGCAGGAUGUUGGCAGAUAGUUUACCCAAAGCACUGCAUCGCCAUUUCUGCCUGCAAUGAAAAAGAUAUGUGUGUCUGUAUAUAUGUAUUUAUAUAUUUUCAUAUACAUAUAUGAUUUGUUGAGUUUUCCAUUCAAUCACUUCAAUAAUUAUUACCAGCUGUACUGUUCUAAGUAAAUGUAAAUGUAAUUUUGCCAACAUGUGUACUGUUACACUGUUUGUUUUUUAAUAAAUAUAAUAAACCAGU